AUACGUAAUUUACGUCUCGGCACAAUCACAUGCAGCGGAUCACAUUGUGACGAUACGGUUGCACUUCAACAGCAGGAAUUUUUUGUGUACAAACAACUCACUGAAUCAGUAAAUUGUUUGCAAUCUACCUCACUCUAUCUGAGACAGCACCAGCCGAAUCGAGUCCGAAUGUACAAUACAGUUUGUCAUUGUGUUUGCUGGGGUAGACAACAUUAGCAUAUUCUUCUUUCUGCGGAUAUGGCGCAUAUAGAUCAGUCGAAUCGUGUACCUAAAAAUGAUACGGAUGUUUCAAUUUACAUGAAAAGUCUUCUGAAUGACGCAGGAACAAUACCAAUCGAUGAAGAUGUUGACAGCUAUGAGAUUAGUUUGCCUCCGUGGUACGACGAAGAAAAAUUCAAACGGGGUCAACAGUUUUUCAAUCGUAAUUUUGCCGCCACUAUGGCUGCUGCACUAUGUGGAUUAGUAAGCGUGUUCGCCAUACCGUCCAUUCUGGAAGUAUUGAUCUUCACGAACAGAUCUUCAACGCCAGUAACUGCAUACAAACGCUACGUGUUGACAAUUUUACAUACGCUCAACUGGUACAGGGAAGCAAUGAAACCUGGUUCCAACUGUUGGAAAUCUUUAGAAUACGUUCGACGGAUCCACGCGGUAAGUAGUAAGCAAGCUAAUACCAAACAUCCAAAGAUGCUUAUAUCACAGAAAGACAUGGCAAUUACCCAGUUUGGUUUCAUAGGUUAUGUCAUGAUAGGUCCACGAAAACUAGGCAUUCAGUAUGACGAAAAAGAAUUGGAAGGUUUUGUUCACCUUUGGAGAACUAUUGGUCAUAUGCUUGGGAUUCAGGAACGAUUCAAUCUAUGUACUGAUAGCGCUUCGAAAACAUUACGCCGGAUGGAGGCGUUAAACGAACAGAUCGUACGUCCGGCACUGCAGGUUUCCAGUGCUGACUUCGAACAAAUGACUAGAGCGUUAGUAGAUGGGUUGUGGUGCUACAACUUUCUUAUGGAAUACAACACGUUCGUGUUUCUUACCAGAAGGCUUUCGAAUGUUCCUGGUCACUAUUACUGGGAUGACGAGCAACGCGACACUCCUAAGGCGUUGUAUGAAGAGUUUAGUUGGUAUAGUCGGGCAAUGUUGAACUUCACGCUGGUUUUACACGAGAUUUUUUUGAAUUACACCGUACUUCGAUGGUUUUUUAACUGGUACGGAAAAAUUAACAUAAUCGUGAAUUGGUAUUUUCCAUGGUUGGCUAUGUUGAGCUACGGUAUUAAAAAUGCCUACGUUAGAUUGGUGUACUAGAUAAUGUCUGUAAGAAGAAAAUAUAUAUAUCAGUGAACGAAAGAAUAAAUAAAAUAUCCAUGACUUUUAUAAACUGUAA